UUUAGGCGGAAGCGGCAGGGUUGGAUUUAAAGCGGGGAUCGCUGCGGUGUCGGAGGUCUCGCUGUGGGGAGUUUUUCUACAGAAUAGUGAAGACUGACCGCAGCUGAAGAUGAAGGUCCUGCUCCCGCUCCUCCUGGCGGUCUGGCUCAGCGCUCCGUCCGGCUGCACCUCCCUGCCUCCGUCCUGCUCCGAACCUCCUGCAAAGUGGUGCUCCUCUUUAGAGUCAGCUGCUCGCUGUGGGGUUUUGAAGCAGUGCCUUGAGGCUGACUUCAGGAAGACCCACCAGACAGCCGAUCCAGUCCAGGUGGCGCUUUACUAUGAGAGCCUCUGUCCCGGCUGCAGGAAUUUCCUCGCUGGAAUGCUCUUCCCCACCUUUGUGAUGCUAAGCGACAUCAUGUCUGUUACCUUGGUGCCCUACGGAAAUGCACAAGAGAAGCCUGAUGGUGACAAGUACACCAGUUGUAUAAUGAACAUGACUCAGAUGGCUUUCCCCAUCAUCUUCUGCAUGGAAUCCUCCGCCGACGUCAUCGGCUCAGCUGAAAGCUGUCUGAAAGUCUACGCCCCUGAUCUGAGCAUUGACAAGGUAAUGAGCUGUGCUAAAGGAGACAUGGGGAUGCAGCUGAUGCAUCAGAACGCCAUGAUGACCAAAGCACUGAAGCCUCCCCAUGAAUAUGUGCCCUGGGUGACCAUUAAUGGGGAGCAUACAGAUGAUCUGCAGGACAAGGCCAUGUCUUCUCUGUUCACUUUGGUCUGCUCCAUGUAUAAGGGCACCAAACCUCCUGCCUGCGGAGGAACCCAGAAAAUACACUACAAAAGUUACUGCACCAACGAAUAAAGAAGCAGCCUCUAAACUAAAGAACACUUUUUCUUAGUAUCUAAAAAAGAAAAAAAAAAAGUUUGACUAUUUUUUUUUUAUUUGCAGAAAUAAAGUUUUUCAUUCCGAA